AUGCCUCCAAUGCGACUCCCAGUCACCACGCUCGGCCAAACCGUCAGAACGUUCGCUUCACACUCGGCAAGAAGAACGCUAGCCCAUCGACUACCAGGUUUACAUGGACCUUCGGCGCGGAUUCUUGCAAAGACCGCACGGCCUCACCAUAUGCCGGCCUCGUCGUUCCCUAUGGUCGUUCGCGACGGACUCAGUUACAGUGCUCUGGGAGCGUUGACCUCGGCGGGUGCGUUUCUGAUUUAUUGCGCGCAAUAUCUCCUCGUACCCGUCUUCUUCGCUCCCCUACCAAUACCGUCCCGUGGCGUGGAUCGACCGAAGUGA